AUGGGUCAGAUAGAUGCUGGCACUUCUGAAGAUGUGAAGGAACCAGUCUUUUUGGAGGAUGUGGGAACCACCGAGGCAUUCAUCAAGGCAGCUGAAGUGGUUGCUAUUGGAUUCUUCCAGCAUUCAGAUCUAACAGAAGCUUCUGAAUUUCUCACCAUGGUACAAAAUGUGCAAGAUGUGCCAUUUGGAUUCUGCACCAGCUCCGAUGUCCUUGCUCAUUAUAAUAUCACAGUGAGCACGGUUUCCCUCUUCCGUGUGGUGGACAACAAAAGGCAAGAUUUGGAAAUCAGAGACAGCAAAGAAAUUGAUGCCACCAAGCUGGGACGCUUCGUUCGGAUCAAUGAACUGCGCUGGGUGACCGAGUACAACCCUCUGACUGCAGUAGGCCUCUUCAAUAGCACUGUUCAAACCCACCUUCUCUUGUUCACUGACAAAUCAUCCUCAAAUCAUACAGAAAGGAUGGACAAGUACCGUGAAGCCGCCCAGCUCUUUCAAGGAAAGAUUCUUUUUAUUUUGGUGGACAGCCAGGCAAAGGACAACAAUCGAGUUAUGUCUUAUUUCCACUUGAAGAAGUCCCAACUGCCGGCAGUGGCACUGUACCACAGUCCAGAUGAGGAGCAGGAGGCACUGCCCCUGGGGGAAGUCUCCCUGGAGGCUGUGAAGGAUUUCUGCAAUAGUUUCUUACAAAGGAAGCAGGCGAAAGACAGUCUUAAGCUAGAAGAUAAGGUCUUCAAAGAGGAGCUCUGA